AAUUACUUUAAUCAUAAUAUCAUAAAAUAAUACAAUUAUAACAAUUUAUUUCAUAAAUAACAGCAAUUAAUACAUUUUUUAAUAACAUACCUAUACAAAAGUAUUGGUCUAUUUGGUCUACUCACUAGGUGUAUCCUAUGGUUGUGAUGUGAGUAGGAGAUAAUUAAGAACCGACAAUGCAAUCUUCAGAAAAUAUUAACGAUUUGUACCCUUUAUACGUAUAUGUAGUGAAUAAAACUAUUAAAUCGAUUAAAAAUUAAACACAGUAAAGGCAUUUAUAAGUGAAAAUGCAGUCAUUUAUCAGUAAAAAAGGCAAAAAUAAAAAAUACGUUCAUCAUCUUAUACAUAUUGAAUGACACGCAUUUUUAUAUAAAAAUUAUUUCUCUGUUAUUAUUAUUAAAAAAAAGGCUUUUGCCUUCAAAUCCGAACCUUAGUAACUAAGUAUUAUAAUAAUAACUAAUAAAUGUUGUACUAUGCAUUUAUGCAUAAUAAAAGUAUAUAUAUAUAUAUUACAAGCAAUGUGGAAUACCGGGAAAUGUACACAUGACAUGACACACAUUGAUGUUAAUCAAUACACGUAUUUUCAUUAUAAUUAUAUACCUUGUAAAUAAUUUAAUAUUUUUAUUCGUAUUUUCAAAGUAUCCGUAGUAGGUAUUUGAUUGUAUUGAUUUAUUAUAGUCAGGUUGACUAACGUUAAAAUUUCUUUGAUGGAAUCUAGCAGACUGUAUAUAAAAACACUUUUAGAUAAAUUUGGACAUUCUACAUUUCGGCCCAAGCAAUGGGAAAUCAUACGAUCGAUUUUGGAGGAGAAAAAAGAUGUCUGUGCGGUUAUGUCUACUGGUUAUGAAAAAAGUCUUUGUUAUCAGUAUCCGGCAGUUUAUAGCAAUGGUUUAACCAUAGUUAUUUCACCGUUAAUAUCGCUAAUAAAAGAUCAAUUGCUUUUCCUGGAGGUUUAGAUUGAAUUUAUUUCAUAUUUAUUAAAUAAAAAUAAAAUUGAAAAAAGGUAGAUACCACUCUACUGUACAGUAGGUUACCAAAGUAGAUCACUUCAACGAGUGUAAUGGGUGGUGUUAAAUUUAAAAUAUAAUAUUUAAAUAUUAUAUUCCUGUAAUAACAACUUAUAAGUUAUAAGGAACCUGUAUUACAUU